UCCAAUUCCAGUUGUUUUCUUUCGUCUUCCAUUUUCCAUCCUUUUUGGGUUUCUGCAGAAGACGCAGCAGCAGCAGCAGCCACCGAGAGACGCGUUUUUUCUUUUUCCCUCUUAUCGCACCAAUUCUCCCUUUUUCGAUUAAUAUUGGAAAACGGAAUCGAAUAUAGAUUCAACGCCACAAUACAUAUAAAGCGAAAACGUUUCUAUUCUGAAUACAAGCAAAGUAUACGAUUUCUAUUGGUCUCUAUUUCUGUAUGUUUUUUUUUCCUGAAUUAUAGAGCUUCUUCAACCUAGGGCUUCGGGAAAUUAUUCGGUGUACCGCAUGUUCUAGCGUCGGGGAUGAUGGCAGUCAUCACGUAUCGCGAGGGGGAAGAUGAGUCGUUGUAAUUUUGAUCGGGCGGUAGUGAAGGAGGGCGGCUGGGCUCGAUCGAAACGACUCCGUGGCCGGUGCUGGCAUGGACUGCCGGGUGUGCGUGGCAACCGGGGAUUGGUUGAUGAUGGGCGGUGGUGGAGGUGUGGGCCAGAUCGGAGGAGCUCUCAGCCACGAGAGCGAGCACGAUUUGGCUCUCAUGGUUAGCGAUUUCUUGGAGAAUGGGAGUGGUGGGGCAGAAUCUCGGUGUAGCAGUGACAGCGACUCCGCUUUACCCGAUCUCGCCCACCUCGCCGAGAAGAUUCCGUUUUGCAAAAUCUCAGUGGCUCAGUAUGAGAGCGACUUGCUAUCGGUGGUUAACUCUCUUAUAUUAUCCAUCAAUGAGACCGACCUUCAUUUCAUCAAGUCGGGUGCAUGCAAUGCCAGCUGCAUCAGGUUUUUCCUGGUUAAGCUCCUGAGACGUUCUGGUUACGAUGCUGCUGUAUGUGCAACUAAAUGGCAGGGUAGUGGCAAGGUCCCUGGAGGGGAUCAUGAAUACAUUGAUGUGGUAAACUACAACAGCAGUGGAACCUCUGAGCGUUUGAUCAUUGAUAUUGAUUUCCGAAGUCACUUUGAGAUAGCUAGAGCUGUUGAAUCAUAUGAUAGAAUAUUGAAUUCUCUUCCAGUCAUUUAUGUGGGCUCCUUGACCAGGAUGGAACAGUUUCUUCAAAUUAUGGUUGAAGCUGCCAGAUCUUCUCUCAAGCAGAACUCAAUGCCGCUUCCUCCAUGGAGAUCCCUCGCAUAUCUGCUGGCUAAGUGGCAGUCGCCAUACCAGAGACAGGAUGAACAGAAUAAUGGCAGGAAUAAUUUUGUUGACCAUAAGCAGUGCAGUGAACACUUGAAGAGGCUGCAGUCUUUGCUUCAAUCUGAAAUGGAAGUGGAGCGACUGUUGAAGCCCAUAAAGAGUGAUAAUAACCGGAGGCGGAAGGCGGAUCAGCGGCGGAGGCACUAUCUUUAGGACUGCUUGAGAUGUACAGAGUCUGGCCUUGGAGAUGAGAGUUCCUUUCAAGAGGAAAAUUUUAUGGCGGCUUUCUAUUUGCAUUUCUUUCUCCCCUAAUAGUACUAAAUAAAUGCUGGCCUGCAACCUGGACGAAGGGCGGGUUUCACAGUCAUUAAAUGAUAGCAGGAAUAAGCCAUAUAUAUCCUGGCGGAGAUAUUAAUUAAUUUUUCCCGAUUAUGAUGCAAAUCCAAGGUUAUAGGAGUUUUGGAAGCGGUGCGGGUUCUCUCUUAACAUCAGCAACAGCCAACAGCCGAAUUGGGUGGUAUGUGGCUUGAACACGGUGCAUGCUGCUCUUGUAUUUGCCUUUUAAAAAAAAAAAAAAAUCAAUGUAUUCCUUGCCUCUUAUUUUUUGUGGGCCUAGGGAAUUUUGUUUACCAUAUAUUGUUCCCUUUUGUGCUAUAUCUUUUCUCCUCAGAAUCUCUAGUAAGUACUUGUAUUAUAUUUCUUUCCCAAUGUUCAAAUGAUUGCGUGAAUGAUAUAAAUUUUCAUAUAUAA